AUGACCUUCCAAAGUAUUCUGGAGGAACUUGGACCAGUCAACCAUGUGCUGCUACCUCCUGCCUUUGUGGUGAUCACCGUAAUCUCCGCCGCGGUGAGCAAGAAGCUAUGGCUGGGGAAAACCAGCGGUGUCGUCACAGUGACCCAGGCCGCCGCUCAACGCCGCAGGAAGAAGAGGACCAUCAAGAUGAUCGUGCUGCUGGUGGUGACCUUUGCCCUCUGUUGGUUUCCCCUCAACGUCUACACCGUCCUGCUCACCGGCCAAAUCGUCCAAUUCAACAACACUCUCUACUUUGCCUUCCACUGGGUGGCCGUGAGCAGCACCUGUUGGAACCCCUUCAUCUACUGUUGGAUGGACAACAGGUUCCGCUCCAACCUCAUGACCCUUCUGGCCAAGUGCAGGGGGAGAAGGAGGAGAGGAGGCAAGAUCCUGGCGCUCACCGUGGCCAGCGGAGACGGGAGGCAGUAG